UACGACAGGCGUCACGCAAGGGGGAUGAAGCGUUAUGACUUAAUCUUGGAUGAACCAGACAGGGUGUACUUCUCUGGAGAUGACGUCAAAGGUCAUGUAGCAGUUUGUCUCGACACCAACCUGACUGUUCAAGGUAUCACUAUUCGGCUGAUUGGCGAAGCUUGUAUUGCAGUUCCUGACAACUUCAAAACUACAAGAACGGUUGGCAGAAGAAAGCCAUUUAACAAUAAAAUCAGCCCGAGCCCUGCAGUCCAUGGAGAGAGACCACCUCGCAGACUGGGUCAGACCAACACACUCUUCCGUCAGGACAAGGUGUACAGAUUCAGUGCCACCGAGAGGUACUUCCACUUCAAGGAGUAUCUCUUUGGCCACAAGUAUAGUAGUUUCAAAGAACAGCUGUGGAAAGGUUCACACACUUUCCCAUUCCAGUACAAGCUGCCAGCUCAACUGCCGUCUUCCUUUAACGGCCGGUUUGGUUUCAUCCGCUACUACUGCGAGUCUUCCCUGGAGCGAUGGCAAAGCAAGGACACUAAGCGAGUGUACUUCAGUGUCUCCAGCUUCACUGACAUCAACAACGUGUCUAAAGCUGAUUGUUCAUCGGCAGAUGAGAAGUGCACAAACUCGUGUUUCUUCUGUGUUCCUCGAGGAACCAUCAUAGCCUCAUGUGAGAUCAAACAUCGCGGCUUUGCUUGCGGCGAGACAGCAAACAUCACAGUGGACAUCCACAACAUGAGCAACAAUGAUGUCAUCAAGACAACAGCUUCCAUUAUACAGACUGUCACAUAUUCGUGUUCACAAAACUUGCGCCACCAGGAGAAUGAGAGGACAGUAUUGAGCCACGAGAUGAAUGCUGUUCCUCAAGGGGAGUCAGAACAUACGGUUGUUAAACUCAAGAUUCCACCGCUUCCUCCUUCCUCUAUAAGUCAGGACAUUUGCAAGCUGAUCCAAAUCCAUUAUAGAUUUGAGAUUGGUAUGGAUAUGCAUGAGGCAAAGGAGCGGUUAGUGCUUCAGAUGCCGUUGGUUGUGGGAAAUAUUCCUCUGAGAAAAAAUUUUGAAAAUCUAGAAAAUGAAUCAAUAUACAAAUAUGAAAAACAGUUUUUUAUACCAUUCAGACUACACAAGCAAAGAGGACUUCCUCAAGUGUGGAGUGAACCUAGUGAAGUCCCAGAGGCAGAAGAAUGUGUUUACGAAUGCAAUGACUUUCACCCGGCUUAUCCGUAUUACAGGGAAAAAUCUAAACCAAUCCUUCCAAAAGAAACUAAUGUGUAACCAACCACAGAUGUCUUCUGUACUUGUCAAGAAAAGAAUGCAACUCAGGACCAGAAUAAUGUGUGGCUUAUCUUAACAGUGGCUUGCUUUUGUGAUAUUA